AUGCUUGGUGUCAACAGAGAUGAUGAUUACGAUGAUUACCACAUCCACAUUCACAACAAUGACGAUUACGAUGAUCACCCCAUCUACAACAAUGACAACGAUGACGACAGCGAGAUUCAAAAGGAAGCCUGCAAGACCCCAUUCUCUUCAACUUGUGUAUUUUUGGAUGUUGGUGUGACGGAUGAGAUUGACGACUGGUGA